CACGGAGUGAUUUAGUGUCAUUUAUAUCAGUUUGAGAAUCCUCUUGAAGGAUAGGCGUUGUCAAACAGCUUAGAAGUAUUAUAGGUCAUUGUGUGAGAAAGAAUUUUAGGUAAUGGGAAGGGUCUCUCUUCCACCUUACCUGUCCCUGCUACCAGAGGAGUGUAGUGUAGUAUUGGUGGGGCUGUCUAGUGACCAAGUAAGUCCCUGUGUGUGAUGAGGGACUGUGUUGGAGUGUCUAGAGAAGUAGAUUGGUUGUGUUAGAUAGACUUUUUUUUUUAGGUUCCUGGAGAAGAGAGAUAGCUUCAGGCAGGGGACUUUAGUAGGAGACACAGGCUGUUGUACAGGUAUUUUUGCUUGUUAAGUGUUCAUUAACUUGGGAACCUAGUAUUUUCCAGGCUAGAGGGAGGAUAUGAAGUAGUCCUCAUGGAGAGCUAGAAUCACUUGGAGUACUGCCUAAGCCCUGGUGGUCCACCCACCUUUGUGACCUCGUGUAAACAGGAGGGUCUGUUUGGAUAGAUUUGUCACCAUUCCGUGUGCAUUUACCCCUGUCAGGCCAGGUUUGAGCCUAGGUGUCCACUAGUUCAUGGCUGCCUUAGGCUGGAACACCCAUUCCUGAUUUAGCCUCACACAACUGGAAUUGCAGGGUCAUCUUCACUGAUUGACAUGGGCAACUUUAAGCUGGAAGAACCUCUUGGGGCACUUUCCCUGGGGGAAGGAUGGUCCAGCAAGACUAUGAAUCUCUGUUCCAAAUGCUUUGCUGAUUUUCAAAAGAAACAACCAGACGAUGAUUCUGCUCCAAGUACAAGUAACAGCCAAUCAGAUUUGUUUUCCGAAGAGACCACCAGUGACAACAACAAUACCUCUAUAACCACGCCAACUCUUAGUCCCAGCCAGCAGCCGCUUCCGACAGAAUUGAAUGUAACUUCACCAAGUAAAGAGGAGUGUGGGCCAUGCACAGACACAGCUCAUGUCUCGUUAAUCACACCAACCAAAAGAUCCUGUGGUACAGAUUCACAGUCUGAGAAUGAGGCUUCACCAGUGAAACGGGCACGACUACUGGAGAAUACCGAACGACCUGAGGAAACCAGCCGAUCUAAACAGAAGAGUCGACGUCGGUGCUUCCAGUGCCAAACCAAACUGGAGCUGGUGCAGCAGGAAUUGGGAUCCUGCCGCUGCGGUUAUGUGUUCUGUAUGUUACAUCGCCUCCCCGAGCAGCAUGACUGUACGUUCGACCACAUGGGCCGCGGCCGAGAGGAAGCCAUCAUGAAAAUGGUGAAACUGGACCGGAAAGUGGGGCGCUCCUGCCAGCGCAUUGGGGAGGGGUGCUCCUGAAGGCCAGGCACGGCCGCCACAUGACGCUGUUCUUAGUUCACUAAUGUUAGCCUUAUUUAGGACAAAGUCAGCCAGACACCUUGUACUGGGCACGCGUCAGACUACAGCCAGUCCGUUUCCUUUCUUUAGCCAGCCGUCCUGGUACUGUAGUUUAGGGGUUGAUGGUGGUUGAAAUUGAUUUCUGGCUGGUUACUAAGGUGCCUGCUAGCCAUUGUAUAAAAUUAAAACAUGAAGAAUAUUUUUUUUUGAGCAUGGCUAGUGGAUUUAAAACAACACAUACCUGUCACUGCUGGAGUCAAACUUAUAAAAAGCCUUAAGCGGAAAGUGUUCCAGAUGGAGACUCUGAGUUAAUAGAGGAGUAGAAGCUGGUGUUAAAGUUCCCAUGACGCACAUGGCUUUGCCAGAAACUCUGGUUAAUGUUCGGCCUUUCACCUCUUCACUUAUCCUUAGUCCCAGUAGCCAGGAUACCUGAUGGCCACGCGUGCCUUGGCCACAGGAGGCUUUUGAGACUGGCCAUGUGGCUGGGCUGGGUGGUGGCUUCGCUCUCCCACAAAGCUGGAAAUGGGGGUGGGGUGGUAGGUUCUUAGGAAAAUUUUUUUACCUGACUUGCUAUGAAAAAAACUCUCUCAGCACACGAGAAGAGAAACAAUAACCUCACUUUGAAAAUUAGCUCCACUCAAGACUAGUCCAUGUACGAGACCCAUCUUUUCUAUAUAGGACCCACGGUCAUGAGAAGCUCCAGGGGUGCACCCUGACCCCACUGGCUCUGGUUUGCCAUUUGCCAAGUGCAGGGAUCUGGCAAUUGAUCAAAUAAGGCUAAUUACAGCACAGCAGCUGCGGCUGGGAUCUACGGACUGGCCUCUGCAGCUAGAUUUCUAUAUUGGGAGUUUUUAAAAAGACAUUUCAUAGCCAACGGGAAUCAGUAGAAGGGCUGGGGGGAAGCAUGUGGGAUGCUGCCGCCCACAACCUCUGCCCCCUCCAGUGGCCGCAUGCCCAGCCCUUUCGGGGCCAAGAAGAUGAUGCCAUGACCCAGCCCCUUGGUCUGUGCAGCUCCACAGUCCAGGGGACGACCUCUACCACAUAGCAAGUUUAGGAAGGGGAGGCAGUCUGUGUGACAGGGGCAGCGGGGUGAUCUGUCUAGAACAGUGGUUCGUGACCAUGGCCCAGUUCUGAGUGAGACAUUUGCUCUGCACUGGGGGUGGGAGGCCAUAUUUCUCAGCCCGUGCCUCUUCCUGCAGGUAGAGAGGAGUCGGUAGCCGUGGUAGCUCAGGCCAGGUGGGGAGGGUGGAUAUGGGCCUGUUUGCCCGAGUUAGGGAAUCAUCACCGAUCUGGUGGGGGUGGGGAGGGGAGACAGGAUUAAGAUUCUCUGGAAGGCCUGAACAGGGUGGAAUGGGCCGGAGACCCCGUCUGGUCCGGGCUGGUGAGAGUCCCAGGCUCCUGCAGAGGUGGCUUGGAUCUGCCCACACACAGGCUCCUGGAAUAGCUUAACCCAGCAAACUUUCCCUUUUAUACCACGACCAACAGUUCGACUCUGCAGUUCACAGCCAAACACCUGCAACUACAAAUGUUUUUUGAUCCGGAAUACUGAAAUAGGAAAUCAUGCUCUUACCAACCUCUUCCUCCCAUCCCACCCCCACCAGAGUGGAAUCCGCUGCAAAAUCUCCAGCCUUAUUCUUGCUUCAGGACCCAGACCGGUGUCUUGCUCCAGGGCAGCCCAGGGCAGAGGGGCCGGGUCUGCCUGCGUUUACCACUGUUGUCAAGCCACGGCCCUCUGGCCAGUACAUGGCCAUCCUCAGUGAGGCGGCCCGCCUAGGCCCCCGCCAAGCUCUGAUCCUGAAGAGGGACCCCCCCACCCCCCCGCUCUCUUCUGGCCCUCCUCAGGCCCCACCGCUGCUGCUUUGAGGCAGGGAUGGGAGCAGGCUCUCCAGGGAGCCCAGUGGCACACAGGGCUCGCAGCCCAUGUUCACUUCCUGAUGGUAGAGCUGGGGGUGGGGGGAGGGCUUGUUCCCCUGCAGUAUCUGUUCUGUGAAGUUUGUUAAAUGUAAGGAAAGCUUAAAUUCUUGUAUCUUUAAAAGAGAAGAUCUUAUUUAACCCUUUUGUGUUUUAGAUUUACUUACACACAUAGCCUAGAGCUCAGUUUUAGUUUUAACAUUGUGAAAAUAUUAAAAGAAUCUUGUAACUUUAUUCUUUUUUCUCCUGCUGAAAAAAAAAUUAAACCAAUCGUA